ACAAUGUCGUCAAACACUCAUUCACCGUGCGCUGCGUGCAAGUUUUUACGGCGAAAAUGCACACAAGAAUGCGUGUUCGCCCCCUAUUUCCCACCCGACCAACCUCAAAAGUUCGCAAACGUUCACAAGGUUUACGGUGCGAGCAACGUCGCCAAGAUCCUGAACGAACUCAAUGUUGCACACCGUGAAGAUGCGGUGACAUCAUUGGCCUAUGAGGCGGAGGCUCGUCUUCGGGACCCGGUGUAUGGGUGCGUUGGUUUCAUCUCAAUCCUCCAGAACAGGCUCAAGCAAGUCCAGACGGACCUCUACAACGCCAAGAAAGAUCUGUCUGCCUAUAUUGGCCCUCAGGCAAUGAUGAUCCCCGUUUUUCCUCCGCCCCAACAAACAGACAUGAACGGGUCUGUGCCUAUGUUGGGGGUUUCCACUGGCCCUCCGCCCCAGCUGGGCUGCGGUGGAGGUCAGCUUGUGAUUCGCGACCAGCAUCAGCAACAAUUGUUCGAGGCUCAUCAGCAAGAUCUUGUGAGGUUCAAUAUCAAUGGUAUGGACACCGCAGCGAGUUCAGUUACUGGAAAUGGGUUUAAUCAGAUUCCCGCAGCUGCUGCUAGUAAUGGUGUGGUGUCUGGUUCAUUGGGUUUGGGUGGAAAUUUUGAUAACAACCAUUAUAACCAGAUCCAACAGCAAGCAACUGCACAUCAUCAGAAUUCCCUUGAAUAUCAGCUUCAGGCUCACCUGAUGCUCCAGCCACAACCGGCGGCCGAGCAAUCGCAGCAGAAAUCAGAAGGCGAGGAGAGUUGA